AUGGUCCAUUGGCAGGGUUGUCUAAAACGGCUCCCUCUCUUGGGCAUAUGUUUGUGUGGGAAAUGUUGUAUCGAGAUCCAAACGGACGAGGCACCGUCGUCUGGCCAGCUGCAGGCCGGUGCCCUUUCCAUGCAGAGCUUGCAGCAUCUCGUGGUCUGGGAGGUGGGGCUGGUCUUGGGAGAAUGA